AUGGAGCCAGAGCAGCAGGAACUCAAACCUGCUCUGGACUCCAGAUCCUCUGCUCUGAGGUGCCAUCUCCUGGUGGUCGUCCUCUGGCCCCCCCUCUGGGCCCUGCCCCCCCCUGGGUGUGUGUUUUCUGCUCCUCUGGAGUCUGACUGCCCCCCCCCCCUGCAGGUGUGGACCGGGCUGCGGUUCCUGGCGGGGGAGUGGCUGUGGGUGGGGGGGGCCGAGCUGCUGUACGGCGGCCUGCCCGCCUGCCCCCCCCCGGGGCAGCACUGCGGGGUCCUGCUGAAGGACUCCGGGGGCCUGGAGCCCCGGGACUGUUCAGAGAGGAAGAACUUCCUGUGCUACAAGAGAUAG